GACCAAACUGAAUCUAAAGUGAUUCAAGUGAAUGAAGUUCCUUAAUUUCCAAGAACCUGUGCGGCUGCGUGUAGUGGAAGCGCUGAACAUAGGGCUGUGCCGCAAUCCAGCUGAGAGUAUAAAGCUUAUACUCGACCUUUGUUUGCCUGCGCUCGACCGGAUCCGAUGGCAACCGCUCUAGUUCUCAACGUCCUUCUUGCCAAUGGUUAUUCAGCGCCCGAUGGUUGUAACGAUCUCCAGAAUUGCCGAACGAUGUGGAGCAUUGUCUAUGGCUGUCUCCUUACCGUCUUUGCUUGCGUUUGGACGGCGGCGCAUCCAGAUAUACCAGAGCCCUCUAAUAGUAUCUGGCCGCCGCGCAAAUCACGCAUUGGCUUGAUGGGGAUUUCACUGGUUUCACCGGAGGCCAUUCUGGCAACUGCAUGUUACCAAUUCUUGUUGUCUUGGAGAAUAUCAAAAAAAUAUAAGAUGGUCGAAGGGUGGACCUUGACGCAUUCAUACUUUGUCGCCAUGGAUGGUUUCUUCGACCCAUCGAAAGGAGGACAAGGAAAAGCGGUGGACCCAGACGACUUGCAGCGAUACCCCGGGAUAAUCAAGAAGACCGGGAAUACUAGAAAGGUCGCAAUAACAAAGAAGGAAAUUCUUAAUAGCAGCAAAGGCAAUUCGUUUUCGAAAUUUAUGAUUGCCCUUCAACUACUGUGGUUUAUCACUCAAUACGUCGGACGAUGGGCAAGCCAUUUGCACAGAUCGCAACUCGAGACAAUGACGCUCGCGUAUGCGGCAUUAAGUCUCUUUGUUUACGUGUUUUGGUGGCAUAAACCCGUUAACAUUCAAUUCCCAAUCCACGUAACAAAUGUCGAUCAACCGACACCUAAAACAGAGACUGAUGCAGAUCCGAUGCCCCUCGUGCAGGUGCGGCCCAAGGAUAUGGAACUCACCAUCAUAUUUAUAGCCACUGGGAUGAUCUUUGGUGGAAUUCAUUGCCUUGGAUGUUCAUUUCCCUUUCCGACCCACACAGAGAUGAUUUUAUGGCUGGUUUCAGCAAUAUAUAUUACAGUGGCUCCUGUCUUUCCAAUUAUGUUGUCUGUAUGGGCUCCGAGGAAUCUUGGUAGCUUUGGGUCACUAAUCAUAUUACGCACAUUACUUGUUUAUUGCGCUGCGCGGGUUAUCUUGCUUGUUCUCACUUUCAGUUCUUUGCGUUCACCUCCGCCUGAUCUAUUCCAGAUCCCGUCUUGGUUGUCGUUUCUCCCGCAUUUUGGAUAGCUGUGCAUGUACCGCGCUUCCGGCUAAAAUUUUGUUUUACAUGAUACAGG